UUAAGAAAUUAGGUGUUAUAUUGUCAUAGGGGAAGCUAAUUAAAACAAAAAUGGGUGUCAAAAAACAAAUUAUUAGUUAUCAUCCAAGUUUUGUGGAAUGUAAUUAUGCUAACACAUAAAUACUUGCAAAGCUAUCAAUUCCAAUGCGCACACUAAUAAGAAAUUUACCCUAAAAAGGAAAGGGGUGGCUUGGUGAGGAUACCAAGCAUGGCAUCCCUCUUUGCAUUCCUCCUUGCCCUUGUUCUGAACCUUUUUAAUCCAUCUCCGUCUCCAUCCCCGUCUCCAUCCCCGUCCCCAAGUCGGUCUUUAUCUCCAUCUCCAUCUCCAUCCCCAUCCCCAUCCCCAUCCCCAUCCCCGAGAGGAGAAAUCAACAGCACUGCAAUUAGUGACAAUCUUAGUGUAGAUUUCUACAAAUCAAGUUGCCCAAAUGUAGAGCAAAUUGUUGCUGAUGUUCUUCGUAAUAAAUCACAAGCGCAUCCGGGGAUUGUCCCUGGUAUUCUUCGUCUUUACUUUCAUGAUUGCUAUAUUACGGGUUGUGAUGCUUCAAUCCUUCUAACCCCACAAAGAUACAACAACCACGACGUAGAAAUGAUCCACCCAGCAAAUGGAAACUCCUUAAGAGGCAUGAAAGCCUUAGAUGCAGCAAAGGAAGAGGUCGAAAAGCAAUGUCCAGGCGUAUUAUCCUGUGCGGAUCUUCUAUCCUACGCAGCUCGAGAUAUGGUUGUUUUUGCAGGAAACCCCAAAUAUGAUGUUCCUGCAGGACGUCGUGAUUCUUUUUCAACCAGCGGUGGCCUUGCAAGUGCCCUCCCUACAGGAAAUGAUACCAUUGCUAUUCAACAAAAAAAAUUCGCAGAAAGAGGGCUUACCUUACAGGACAUGGUGGUGUUAGAGGGGUCCCACUCAAUAGGCCGAACCCGAUGUCAGAACACAAUCGCUGAAGAUGGUUCAAUGGAUAAAAUGCCUGAUACUGCAAAGUUUGUAGACAAGCAGUUCGAGCAGAAGGUGAAACAGAGAUUCUGUCCUGAAUCUCGGCAUGCAUUGUUUACAAGUAUAAGAGCACCUUUGGUUCCUGAUAACCCUAACAAUUCUGAUUGGGGCAACUCAUUCUAUAAACACAUUAUCAAAGGCAGGACCUUGCUGCCUUUUGAUAUUUCGUUAGCUGUUGAACAGACUACUAAAGAUAUGGUACAUCAGUAUGCUUCUGACAGUGCUCUUUGGCAGAAAAUGUUUAAUGAUGCUAUGAUCAAAUUGGGAAAGGUUAAUGUGCUUACCGGAGAUCAAGGCGAAAUCAGACGCAAAUGUGGAUGGAUCAAUGCAGUUUCUACAAUUUAA